AUGUUUGUUGGAUGCCCAAUUCAUUUCGACCAGGACCGGGGAGAGAAGGCCCUCAUGGGCCAUAUUUUCAAACUGGACUUGUAUAAAUCCUACGCCGGGAAGCUGCUGGACUCAGGGAACGCGUAUCGAUGUUUCUGCUCUCAAGACACACUAGCCGAGAUCAAAGGAAAGCUGGCCCGGUCGGGCUCAAGCGCGUCGUACGACAGGCGUUGCUUGCAUCUUACAGAGGAAGAAGCUGCGAGGAAAGUGCGGGCAGGUGAGAAAUAUGUUGUACGGUUUAACAAUACUGCCGCUCCAACACGACCACCUGCGACCGACCUCAUCUUCGGUCGCCCGAGAGACACCCACGCCUCUCUUGCCACGGACCCAAUCAUCCUGAAAACAGACCAGUUCCCUACUUACCAUCUCGCUUCAGUUGCCGAUGACCACGAGAUGGGGAUCACUCAUGUUCUGCGUGGAGAGGAAUGGCUUCCCUCGCUGCCGCUCCAUCUCGACCUAUACGCAUCCCUCAAAAUCCCUGCCCCGCAUUUCGGCCACAUGCCAAUUUUGCUGAACCCGGACGGCUCCAAGAUGUCAAAACGACACGGAGACGUUCAAGUGAUGGAUUUCAUCAAGCGUGGUUGGGAACCAGAGGGUGUCUUGAACUGGCUCGUCCUUUCUGGCUGGGGUGUCAGUCACGAAGCACCCUCCCCAGACGGCUCUACUCAAGCUCGGUCACUAAACAUCGUGCCUGAUAGCACGAGGAUCAUGACGAUGGAUGAGAUGGUCGACCAGUUCGACCUUUCCGCCAUCACACACCGCAACACCGUUCUCGAGGCUGCCAAACUAGAGUACAUCAACAAGCACCAUGUCAUGCGCCGGGCAUCUACGCGUACCGGUCUCGAAGAACUUGCGCAGAAGGUGCAUGAGCACAUCAAGGAGGCCUUCCCGAACAGUCCACAUACUACCCUGGAUAUGAUCAAGAAGGCUAUUAGCAUCCUCGAGGGCCGCCUGACGAACAUCUACGACAUCCCUUUCCAUGCACCCUACCUCUUCCAAGAGCCGGACCUGACGUCUGCAAUUGCGAAAGCAAUGCGGGAGAAAAUCGCCUCUGAGAACUACGAUCUCGUCAUCAAAACCGUCAAGGCUACGCUCGAAGGGCAGUCAGAGGACUGGGACGACAUUGACUUCCUCACUCUUCUGCAUAAGGAGCGCGAGGUGUUGGAGUUAUCGACGAGGGCUUUCAUGACACCUUUGAGAUACGCACUAACAGGAAUGAAGGACGGACCUGCGAUUGCUGAUAUCAUGGAUGCAUUGGGCCGCGAGAGGACGUUAGCCCGACUGCGAUAA